CCCGGGGGCGGGGGGGGGGGGGGAAACAGGCGCCACGACACCGUGGCUGCGCGCGGCAGCUUCGCGCUGACCGUGCCGAGGCACGGAGCCGCCGGGCUCUCGGGGAAGCCCUCGUGGCCUUUCGCCCCCCCCCCCGAGGCUCGUGGCGGGCGGCAUCUGGGACCCCGACCUCCGCACGCCGGCGGGCAAGCUGGUGCCGCCGCUGCUCGAGAACGGGCUGAAGCUGUUCGUGCCCAGCGGCAUCGACCACCCGGACGAGCCCCGCUGGACGGCCGUCAUGGCGCCCACGCGGGACCUGGGGGUGAAGAUCCGCGACAACAUCACGCUCGUGCCCGUGAGGUCGUACCGGAAGUUCAAGGCGGGGCCCCUCUCCGUGGACUUCCCGCACUUCCUCUUCGACCUCGCCAGGGAGGACGCCUCCGAGCAGGACAUCUGGGCCGUGGUCGGCCAGCGCCGCGACGUGCCGAAGCUCCUGGCCGAGAAGGCCGCCUACGAGCGCCGCGAGGAGGCCGCGUCCAAGGAGAGCCGCUCCCACGACCGCGAGAGCCUCUUCGCGGCCACGCCGCAGGCGACGCCCGCGCACGGGGCGCUGGCGCUGACCGAGGCGGCC